AAUAUUCCCCAAGUCAGUCAACAACUUCCAACUGCAUUGGUUCCGCUCUGGUAGGCGCAGUGGGACGAAAUGUUCAUCAAUGCUGAUUCAUCUUGGAUAGCCAACGGCAGUAAACAAAGUAUACUCUAUGCCUCGAGGCAAGAUGCUCGGCGGCUCCAGUGGCAACAAUUAUCUGAUGUACUUGCGCGGUUCUCGAAAAGAUUAUGACGGAUGGCGAGAGUUGAGCAACGAAGGGUGGGGUUGGGACAACCUUCAGGAAGCCUCAGACUGCUGAUCUCCCUUCCGAUAAAACCAAAGAACUUGACCCUCAGCUCAUGCCACAUGCUGCUGCUGAUAAGUAUCGUGGUACAAAUGGUGCGUCGUUCAAAAUAACCAAGAGGAACCAAGCUCACGAUAUCGAGGUCCCAUCCACACAAAUUUCAACCACUUCCGGAUGCGGAAACACACUCGCAUCCACGACCCGCAAGCUCUUCACACCCUUAACCCUGAGUCUCUCAUCCACAACCUCACCCAUGCUUACUGUCCCAAUCAAAUGGUACUGCGUCGAAAUAUGCUCUCUGAGAACCUUAGCCCUAUCUCCCUCACUCUCAAGACUAACAUGCGGAGCAAGCUGCACCCUUUCUCCCAACGACUUUGCUAGGAUGGGAGACCGAGUAACUUGGUCAAGCCACUUCAGGCCCGCGGCCAGGAUCGUGGUGUCGGCUCCGUUUCAGAGAUACCACCAGUCGAUCUGUGGCGGUUUUGUCGGGUCCAAUGAGGUGAUGUGGAUUGAACCUCUGCUCAAUGGAUGCUCGAGACAAAUAAGUGGUGCAACGCGACUCUUCCCUUUCGGCGGCGAGCCGAGGGAUUUCGUGUGUCGCCACCAGCUGUCCAUGUUCGCUGGUAUCAAGAACGUCUGCAGAUUUGCGAAGGUGGGGUCGCUGAGUUUUGGUCGAUGAUCAACUGCUCGUGUUUCUUCUCGGAGGAUGUUUUAGCAAGGGAGUUCGUCUUUAUUUCGACGAUGGUUGAUUGUAGUUCUUUCUCG